AGUUUUUGGAAUCUUAAUUGAUUCAACCCUUUGCCUUUCUUCCUCCUUUCAACCUCUAGACAGAGUUUCUAACUCUAGAAGAUAACUCUGCACCAGCAACUUUUUCCCCUUUAAAUUUCUCAUGCAAUCAUCAAAAGCUUUAGAUCCUAUUUUGUACAACACCCGUUUCUCCACUAUGCUCAAAGCCCUUAACAAAAGAAUCAAACGCCUCUUUACUCACCUCCGAUGGCAACUCCGGUGCCGUUCAAAGUCCAAAAUCGUCAUAAAAGUGUAUGCUAAACCAAAAACCGACCCCGACCGUCAUCGUGAUGAUAUAGACGAUGCUAUCGUCAACGGCACUUCAAAAGUUCACCAAGACGGUGAAUUGAGCUCGGUGAAGCCUAUUCGUGUAGCGACUUUUAAUGCUGCCAUGUUUUCUAUGGCCCCUGCAAUGCCUAGAGCAAGCAAAUCUUCGAGUUUCGACUAUGAAAACGAAGGUCUUACAAAAUCCGAUCGGCCGAAGAGCAUACUAAAGCAUUCUCCCUUGCACCCGAAUUCCAUGAAGGAGAAGGAGAAUCUCUCGAAGCAACAAAAAUUCGUGAAAUCGAAGCAAAGGGUGUCGAUCAAUUUACCGGAUAACGAGAUUUCGCUGUUGCGUAGUCGACAAUUGGGCUUUUCGGGGCAUGAAAGGGAGGGUUGUUCGAGCAUGGGAAAAACUCGGCUGAGAUCAACGAUGAGUUUUUCAGCGAACACGGGGAAUUGGGUUGAUGGUUGUGGUGGGAGUUAUAGAGGUAGAAAAACAGUAUUUGAAGUGUUGAAAGAGUUGGAUGCUGAUAUAUUAGCUCUGCAAGAUGUCAAGGCAGAGGAAGAGAAAGCAAUGAAGCCUUUGUCUGAUUUAGCCGCUGCUUUGGGGAUGAACUAUGUGUUUGCCGAGAGUUGGGCGCCGGAGUACGGCAACGCCGUGCUCUCCAAGUGGCCGAUCAAGCGGUGGAAGGUGCAGAAGAUCUUCGAUGACACAGAUUUCAGGAAUGUGCUAAAGGCAACCAUUGAUGUGCCCCAGACAGGCGAAAUCAACUUCCACUGCACACACCUUGACCAUCUGGAUGAGAACUGGCGCAUGAAGCAGAUGAAUGCAAUAAUUCAAUCCAAUGAUGGUCCACACAUCUUAGCUGGAGGUCUCAAUUCCUUGGAGGGGACUGAUUAUUCCACAGAGAGGUGGACAGAUAUUGUUAAGUACUACGAAGAAAUGGGGAAACCAACACCAAAGGUUGAAGUUAUGGAGUAUCUGAAGACUAAACAGUACACUGAUGCCAAGGACUUCGCAGGGGAAUGUGAGCCGGUCGUCGUGAUUGCCAAAGGACAAAGAGUGCAGGGGACGUGCAAGUAUGGGACUCGGGUUGAUUACAUUCUGGCAUCCCCAGAUUCACUGUAUAAGUUCAUUCCGGGCUCGUAUUCGGUUUUGUCUUCAGAAGGGACCUCGGAUCACCACAUAGUGAAAGUUGAUAUAAUCAAAGAAAAUGAACACGCUGAAGAAAAUGGCAGUAGAAAGCGACGGAAGCAGACAAAACCGAAACAGAAGGUUGUGAAGAUAAGUGACAGUUCUCCAUCGAAAAGCAUAUGGAAAACACAUUCAUGAGAGAUUUUGCAGAUGAUUAUGGAUCCAUAUAUUAUGAUGGCUUGUAAAUCAUUGGCAUAAAUAGAAACUAUGUAAGUACAGAACCCAAUAUUUAGAACAAAAUUCAAUUCUAAAUUUUCAUUACUCUGAAA